AUGAAAUUAGAAUUCAUACCUUAUCAACUCACUCACACCCAGUUGAUUACAGAAGAUACAAAAGAGACUGUUUUCUUGCUAAGUGGCGGAGACAAAAAAGUUCAUCUUUAUAGAGAAGUUCAGGUUGUUAACCUUGAACAUUCCUUUAUGGAAGACCCGAUAUUGGAAUAUUUCCCAGAAUUCAAGAACAUUACAAGUAACAUUCUUUGGAUGAAUAUUGUUUACACAAAUAAUUGCAAGCAAAGAAUCACAGCACGUGGACAUCAAAGUGGUGAGAUUAUUGUCUUCAUUGUGGAGCCUCUGACGAAAGAAAUCCUGCAUGAAUUUUCUAUUGUUCACGAUGGUCCAAUCACCCGUGUUCUCUUGUUUACCUCGGAAAACAAAAUCAAUGCCCCUUCCUGCCUUGACAACCUUGGAUUGGAGGGAUCUGCAACCAAAGAUGAAAAAUCUAAUUUGGAAAGCUACCAUCUGUUGGUUGCAAGUGCUGUAGAACAAUCUGUGGUUUACCGGAACAUUCUGGAGAAUAAAUUCACUGACCAGCUUUUGCUUCCUGACAGCGACAAAUUUGACUGUGUCAUGUGUGCCUGUGCAGUUGAUAUUGACUUUGAUGGGAAAAAUGAACUUCUCUUGGGAACUUAUGGUCAAGAACUGUUGACUUAUAAAUUCCAGGCCCUCCAACCUCAGCCUCCUAGUGCCCCAGUCGACAAUUUUGAUGACAUUGACUGUAUGAAUUCAAGACGGAAGGCUUAUUCUUUUUCAGUGAGUACCAAAAAAAUGUAUAAAAGUCCAACUGUCGACAAGACACCAUCCUCAAAGACAGUUUAUAAGGAUGACCUUAGUAUGCCAGACAAUUGGACUGUCAAUACCUACUCACCUGAAACAGGAAUUAUAUCCCAUCGGCUCAACAUGCAGUCUUCUUCUCCAGGGCAAGUGAAAGACGGUUAUCAGCUGCUCUGGCGCCGUAGCUUUUCAGCUCCUGUUAUGGCUGUAGAACAUGCUGAUGUUAUGGGGGAUGGUAUGGAUGAUCUAAUAGUUUUAACAUUAAAGGGUUUGCAUAUAUUACAACCAGACUUGUCUAAAGUAGCUGAAGUCUGCCUCAAUAGACUCUUUGAUCUUUACCACUUGUCUUUUAAAUUACAGAAGGAAGACAAAUCCAAGGAUGACAAUAAACCUUCUGUAGAAAGAAAGUCAUAA